AUGGUAUCUGCCCCACUUCGGUGUAGUAAGGAGGACCGUGCCACUACAAAAGUUAGUGUAGUGUACGACGGCGCCGCCAAUUACCAAAAUAAAAGCCUCAAUGUUGAAAUGCUUACAGGUCCUAAGCUUCAGCAGGACAUCGUGGAUAUCUUGGUUAUGUUUCGGAGGGGAGCAUUCGCCAUCGUAGGAGACAUCAGGGAGAUGUUCAGUCAAAUAGUGCUCAGGGAGGAGGAUCGUCGAUUUCAUAGGAUAUUGUGGCGGGACUUAGAUGCAGAUUCACCUAUUAAAGUGUAUGAAGCCUCGAGAUUGCCAUUUGGGGACCGAGCAUCGCCCUUCUUGGCCCAGUUCACCAUUCGAACUAAUGCUGAGCGGAAUCAGGAUGCCUAUCCAUUGGCUGCUGAGUCCUGCCUGCAGUUCAUUUACAUAGACGACGUAAUGAGGUCCUUGGACACAGUCCCACAGAUCAUACAACUCUGUCGUGAGUUAACUGCGAUGCUGCACGAGGCAGAAUGGGACAUUCGAAAAUUCAUUAGCAAUAGCGUAGAAGCACUCCAGGACAUACCACCUGAAGACAGGGCACCAAACAUCGUAAAUCUUGAAGAAUCUGAGCUUCCUAGUGUUAAGGCCCUUGGAAUUAAAUGGGAUGCAGGGAAAGAUGUGUUUGGAUAUUCUUAUACCCUACCGGAAUUAGAAGUAGUCUCCAAGCGCACCCUGUUAAGUCUCAUGGCAAGGUUGUUCGACCCCUUGCAGCUACUCGCACCGUUUGUCAUCAGGGCCAAGAUCCUUCUUCAACAUGCCUGGAUUGAGGGACUAGGCUGGGAUGAGGAGUUUCCUGAAGCUCUGGACAAACAGGUGCGAGUCUGGGCUGAAGAGCUACCACUUGUUGUCAGGUAUGAACUACCUAGGUGUCUAAAGUCAACAGAGAGCACACCGGAAAGGAUGGAAAUCCAUACUUUCGCAGACGCCUCAAGUCUGGCCUACGCGGCAGCCAUCUAUUUAAGAUGUCUGUAUUCAGAUGUAUCAGUCACAGUCAGGAUUGCCUUGGCAGCCGCAAAGGCCCGUGUAGCCCCACUGAAAGCAAUUAGCAUACCGAGGUUGGAGCUCAUACUCAGGCUGGCGGUGAAAACUCAGAAAUUACUUGGAGUGACAACCCUGCAUUUUUGGACCGACAGCAUGGAUGUUGUACACUGGAUCCAUGGACAGUCUAGGCGAUAUAAACCAUUUGUGUCACAUAGAGUCGCUGAGAUUCCGGAAAAAUCAAGUCCACAACAGUGGAGACACGUGCCGGGUGAACAGAAUCCUGCGGAUCUGGGGACUAGAGGAUCCAGCUUGGAGAAUCUCAUCGAAGAGAGUUUCUGGACAGAAGGACCUGCUUUCCUGCAAUUGGAGGAAAAUCGAUGGCCGGCUGAAAGGAGACUAGACCCUGAUAGUGAUGGGCUGUCAGACCUGGCACAAGAAGAAGUGUCGAAGUCAAAUCACCACCUGAUGUAA